AUGGGUCGCCGGAGCUCCGGCGACUCCAUUGUUGUCAGAGCUCAAGGGGAUAUUCGAAGAGGGUGGCAAUCAUUCGAGGUGGCGCACAUGGCUGGGAAGAUGGGAAACAGCUUGAGGAAUAUUUUGGCAUUCAUCUUGUGCGAUUUGACUCGCCGUAGCUCCGGCGCCGACGACCUAUUGUUCGUCGGCGUUGAGUUUACCGGAGAUUUUUGUUCCCGUAGGGGCGCCAUGUCCUUGCGAACAAAGCCCAGGUGGUGCGAUGUCUCUAAUGUCGCCGGAGGUGGCUGGAAAUUGAAGGCGCACUGUGAAUCGGUUACAUCCUAUGCCCAACAUCUGGAAAAGAAGCAUGAUAUGCUUUUAGCUUUGCUAUUUGACCGUGGGACCUACAAGAAAAUCUACAACUACCGCCAUCUCAUUAAUGGCUUCGCAGCUCAUAUUUCACACGAGCAGGCAGAAAUCCUCAGACGAGCUCCUGGUGUGAAUUCUGUGGAGAGAGAUUGGAAGGUGAAGAGACUUACAACUCACACGCCACAGUUUUUGGGGCUCCCUACAGGAGUAUGGCCGACAGGUGGUGGAUUUGACCGGGCAGGCGAGGAUAUCGUAAUAGGUUUUAUCGACUCUGGCAUCUAUCCACACCAUCCAAGUUUUGCAAGCCACAACACUGAGCCCUAUGGACCUCUACCAAAAUAUAGAGGAAAAUGUGAAAUUGAUCCUAACACCAAGAAAGACUAUUGCAAUGGGAAGAUUAUAGGUGCUCAACAUUUUGUGGAAGCUGCAAAAGCAGCUGGUUCAUUUAAUCCUGCAAUUGAUUUUGAUUCUCCUCUAGAUGGUGAUGGACAUGGAAGCCACACAGCAGCUAUCGCUGCUGGAAACAAUGGGAUUCCUGUCAGAAUGCAUGGAUUUGAGUUUGGAAGAGCAAGUGGUAUGGCACCUCAUGCGAGAGUUCCUGUAUACAAGGCACUAUACAGGCUAUUUGGAGGGUUUGUUGCAGAUGUAGUUGCUGCUAUUGAACAGGAUGUUCAUGAUGGUGUGGACAUUCUUAAUCUCUUUGUGGGGCCAAACAGUCCACCAGCAACUAUAAAGACAACAUUUUUGAACCCUUUUGAUGCUACACUUCUUUCAGCUGUGAAAGUCGGUGUAUUUGUUGCACAGGCUGCUGGUAAUAGAGGUCCUUUCCCCAAAACUUUGGUGUCUUAUAGUCCGUGGAUUGCAACAGUGGCUGCUGCAGUUGAUGAUCGUAGAUACAAGAAUCAUUUCACAUUAGGAAAUGGGAAAGUCUUAGCUGGACUCGGUCUAUCACCUUUCACACAUCCAAACCGGACAUUCACUAUGGUAGCAGCAAAUGAUGUUCUUUUAGAUUCUUCAGUUACGAAGUAUAGUCCUGCUGACUGUCAAAUGCCAGAAGUUUUAAACAAGAAUUUGGUGGAGGGAAACAUCCUUCUUUGUGGUUAUUCUUUCAAUUUCGUAGUUGGCACAACAUCGAUUAAAAAAGUCGCGGAAACAGCAAAAGCUCUUGGUGCAGCUGGCUUCGUUCUUGCUGUAGAAAAUGCUUCACCAGGAACAAAAUUUGACCCGGUUCCUGUUAGAGUUCCUGGGAUUCUUAUAACAGAUGUUUCCAUGUCAAUGGAGCUUGUAAACUACUACAACAUCACGACUUCAAGAGAUUGGACUGGACGAGUUAAGAGCUUUAAAUCAACAGGAAGCAUUGGGAAUGGGUUGAGGACGAUACUCCACAAAUCUGCACCUCAAGUAGCUGUCUUCUCUGCUAGAGGACCUAAUGUCAAAGAUUACAGCUUUCAAGAUGCUGAUCACCUGAAACCUGAUAUACUGGCUCCUGGUUCUCUUAUUUUGGCUGCCUGGGCUCCCAACGGGACAGAUGAAGCCAACUAUUGUGGUGAAGGAUUUGCAUUGAUCUCUGGAACUAGCAUGGCAGCGCCCCAUAUAGCAGGAAUAGCAGCCCUUAUCAAGCAGCACCAUCCUCAUUGGAGCCCUGCUGCUAUUAAAUUAGCAUUGAUGACAACUUCAUCAACCAUUGAUAGGGCGGAGAGACCGCUUCAAGCACAACAGUAUUCUGGAUCUGAGACCUUGACGCUCGUUCCAGCUACUCCAUUUGACUAUGGAAGCGGACAUGUUAAUCCUAGAGCAGCUCUGGAUCCCGGACUUAUUUUUGAUGUAGAUUAUAAAUCCUACUUAGAUAAUCCUCUUGCUAAUUGGGAGAAGUUAGUGCCUUCAACAAUUAAGCUGGGGAUCAUAGUUGACUAA